AAAAGGCAACUCUGUUUGCAGAACUUCAGAAUUGACAUGGUACAUCUGGAUGAGAGCAGUAUGGAGUUUGACAUGGUGGGGAUAGAUGCAGCUAUUGCCAACGCCUUCAGAAGGAUCUUACUAGCAGAGGUACCUACGAUGGCUAUAGAGAAGGUGUUUAUCUAUAACAACACAUCCAUCGUCCAGGAUGAAGUCCUGGCCCACAGACUAGGCCUCGUCCCCAUCAAAGCUGACCCUCGCCUGUUUGAGUACAGAAACGCUGGUGAAGAGUCUGCAGAAGAAGAACCUUCGGAAAUAGAUACAAUUCAGCUGCAACUGAAGGUUAAAUGCAGCCGGAACCCUCGAGCCAGCAAAGACUCCUCGGACCCCCGAGAGCUCUAUGUGAACCACAUGGUUUAUUCCAGGGACAUAAAGUGGGUCCCCAUUGGGAACCAGGCCGAUGUGUUUGCAGACUCCGUCAUUGGACCCGUACAUGACGACAUCCUCAUAGCUCAGCUACGACCAGGACAGGAGCUGGACAUCGUCAUGCACUGUGUGAAAGGAAUUGGUAAAGACCAUGCCAAGUUCUCUCCAGUGGCCACAGCCAGUUACCGCCUCCUCCCAGAGAUCACCCUGAUGGAGCCAGUGGAGGGAGAGGAGGCCGAGUGCUUGAAACGUUGCUUUUCACAAGGAGUGAUAGGCAUAGAAGUUGUUAAUGGGAAGAAGGUUGCCAAAGUACUCAACAGUCGUUUGGAUACAUGCAGCAGGGAAGUCCUCCGACACGAUAACCUGAAGAAUGUGGUGAAGCUUGGAAGAAUACGAGACCAUUUCAUCUUUACUGUGGAGUCCACUGGCAUCCUACCCCCAGAUGUUCUUGUCACCGAGGCCAUAAAAGUCCUCAUGGCCAAGUGUCAGAGGUUUCUCAAUGAAAUGAACUCUACUAACAUGGAGUGAAGUAAUGACUGAACAUGCUCACAACCACCACACUGUGUCUGACUGGUAUUGUUGAUAGUUUACUCUCAGUGGAUCUGUUGAAACUUGUUGCAUUGAUAAAAACCUACACUGAUGGAUAAAAGAAGAGAUUCCACGCGGUUGGAUGGCGUCUAGUCAUUGGUGAACAACACAUGCUCGGAAAAAUCUUCUCUGCACCUCCCGAAAGGCUCAAAAGGUGGUUCACGAUCACAGAACACCUCAGUUCAAUCUGACGGAGUGUGCCCAAAGAGAACCUGAUUGGAAACCUUCCCCUUUAUUUCUUGUGCUGCCUGGUCUCACAGCUCCAGUUACUCUGCACAUGUUUCACCCUCCUUGAAUUAAACCUAUUGAAUCUAAUAAAAGCAUCACCAAUAAAAUCCACAUGUCCUCAUAUACUGUACAGGUUUUUGUAUGAAUAGCUGCUCAUAAAAACACAAUGCUACCAGAUAUUACCGGACAAUCUGUAAAAUCAAUAAAGACUCUUCUUGAAGUUAA